AUGUGUCACGUGUUAUUUGAGCAUCUUUGAUCACAUUGAGCGUCGUUUAGUUGUUGAGCAGAGAUGGCGGGAACUGAGUAUGACAAAGAGUCAGUCAAGGACCAUUGUCCUGCAUUUAAGGAGGGCUGCCCUUAUUCCAAGCUAACUCAGGAUCCUUUUAUGGAUGAACUGAAUAAGUGUCCUGAGUUCCAAAAGGGUUGCCCAUUCAAAGGUGCACAUAAUGUCAAGGGGGUUCUUGAUGAGCUUUCCAAGAUGCCGGAAUCAAAGCACCAUACAGGUGCAGCUCACGAGCAGUUACUAAACAUGCUUAAGGCUGUUCAUUCUGAGUCUAAAAGCUUGGAAGAGAAAGUUGGAGAGUGUCCUGUGUUCAAGACAAAUGAAGGAUGUCCUUUUAAAGAUGCCAGCAAGGAAGGAAAGCCUUUGAUAGAGCCACCCACUGCUGUUCUUGAGAGUCUGACAGCAUCGGAUGUCAGUGAGCUUAAGGAGAAGUGUCCUGCAUUUAAAGAAGGAUGCCCAUUUGCCAAGAAGGAUAAUGAAGCCCUUCUGGAAGAAAUCAAGAAAUGCCCUGAGUUUAAGGAUGGAUGUGCUUUCAAGGAUGCCAAAACAAUAGAAGAAAUCUACAGUAAGUUGUCGCAUAUGCCGAGCAGUGACAAAGAUGGCCACCAUAAAGAAGCUCUUGUGAAGACCAUGAAGGUUAUUCACAGUGUUGGCCAUGAGAAAGCUGAUGAGUGUCCAGUGAUUCAGAAAGAAGGCUGUCCUUUCAAGUCUGUUGAGAGUGAAGGGAAGCCACUUGUGGAGCCUGCUGAAGCUGUGCUACCAGCUGGAGUAAAAAGGAAGUGUCCAGCUACUGAUACUGGAUGUCCUAUCUCUAAAGUAGGCAAAGAAGAUCCAGGAAAAUAAAUGCAGGGUAAACCAGUAAACAUGAGAAGUGAAGAAACUAAUUCAUACAGGAACAAUUACUCAGUUAACUGUUCAUUUUCAUAAGGUGAAAGAGAACCUAGUGUUUUGUAAUGACACAAGUAAGCUUCUAGAAACUAUAAUACUUAAAUGUGUUACUGUAACAAAAUGAGUUAAAGUAAAAAAUAAAAGUCAUUUUACUCUUCUUUGGAUGUAAA